AUGGACGGGCCCUCCGUCACGCUCGUGCCCGCGCCCGACGCUCCGCCCUCUCCUGCCGCGCUCGCGCUGGUGCCCGCCGCGCCCGCGCCCGCCGGCGCCAGGUCGGAGGAUUUGGUGGAUCAUGGGAACUGGGCCAGCAACAUCGUUGAGAAAUUCAACGCCACGGCCCAGAAGCUCUGCGCGGCGCAGGCGGAUAUCCAGCAGGUCCAGCAGGAGCAGGGUCGCUGCGUCCAGCAGCUGCAGAAGAUGGCCGCUCAGAACGACGAGCUCGACGCGAAGCAGCAGAAGAUGAUCGGUGAGCUGCAGAAGGCGGACAAGGACAUGCACGAGUCCAUCAGGAACCUCAUGGAGGAGCGCCUGGACGCCACAAAGUCUGAGGUGCAGAAGGCCGUUCGGAAGCUGGACGAGACCCUCAACCCGAAGUUCGACGGCCUCGAGCGCGGGAUCCAGGACAUCUCCGGCAUGCAGCAGGAGAUCCAGGCGAGGACCCUCCCGCGAUGGAGGGCCGACGUGGGCACGGAGAUCCAGGGCCUCCGCAACGACCUGGCGCAGCAGCAGGAGGCGUCCGCGGCGAGGGACGACGAGCUGGCGGCGGCGCUGUCCAAGGCGCAGGCGGCGGCGAAGGAGUCCCAGGCCGGCCUGGAGGCGAGGCUCCUGGCCGAGAUCGGCGAUCUCAAGGCUCGCCUGGGGAGGGCCGAGCAGGCGGCGGAGGCGCUCCGGGCGGACCACUGCAACACCAGGGGCAGCCUCGCCGACCUCGAGGGGAGGCACGCACGGGAGAAGGACGUCGUGGACGCGCGGCUGUUCGACCUCGAGGGCUCACGAGACAGCCAGAUGGACGACCGCGGGCAGGGAGGGGCAGCGGGUGGACAAGCUCGAGAGGGCGCUCCAGCAGCUCCUCUACGAUUGAUUUUGAGGACACGAAGGCAAAGCUCACCAGCGAGCUGUCAGCAAAGGGGGGGCAGCUGGAAGCCAGGGCCGAGGACCUGGACAAGAGGCAGGGCGAGCUGCAGAAGCAUAUCCAGGAGUCGUUCGACAAGGCCAAGGCUGCGCUGGACAAGGUCUUGGCGAGCGAGGUGGAGGUCAUGA